UGGGUAAUUCCGGUUUGUUGAUGUAACAGUCGAUCCUCCAGUUUAGACUUGAUCAUCGCAUAACUAUGUUGUUUAUAACUAUCGCGGUAUUGUUUUUUGUAAACAUUUUUCGUUUUCAAGGAGUUACAAGUGUGUGUAAACAGUCUUACAUGACAAUAUGUGAUAGUUUCGAUGAUUUAAAAAAUUACACCGACAAAGAAAAUUUGAGCAUUCUGAUGAUUGGAUCCGAAAACGCACAAGCAAUGAAGUCUUCUGUUAAUUUAAUGAAAGUUUUUAACUUGGAAAACUAUUACAAACUGACAAAUUUGUAUGUUGUACAUGCAAUAAGUAAUUUAGAACUAACAUUUGCUUUCGAAUGUACUUUCUCAAAUAGUUCUUUAGAAUAUGUUACUUUUUAUGGAAAUUCGAUGAAGAAUAUUGAAGAAUACCACUUUCCUGUGUUUGGAGUGAAAAAGUUUAGUUUAGUUAAUAAUCAAAUUGAGGCAGUCAAAGGUGGAGCUUUUACUUAUCACAAUAUUGAAAAUAUAGACUUAUCGGACAAUCUUAUGGAAAAUAUUGAAGCUGGAGCUUUACCACAAUCGUCACAGACCAAAAUUAUUACGAUUAGAAAGAACAAAUUGACACAUGUUGAAAUUGGAAGCUUCCCAUCAAGCCUGGAAUCAUUAAAUCUAGACUGGAACAAAUUCCGACUUAUCCAAGAGGAAGUUUUUGCAAAUUUACCUAACCUGAGAGAACUUACUUUAAGUCACAACAGUUUUAAUGAAAUUCCUAAAAUUAAUUCACUGACACAACUUGUGAUUUUUGAUGUAUCCUUCAACGCAAUUACCACAAUUCCAAACGAUAUUUUUAAAAACAUGAACAAACUGAAGUUGUUGGAUUUGAGUAACAAUAACAUUUACAGUCCUCUUGUUCUUCAACAUUUUCAAAUUCCCGCCAAACAAGAACUGACAAUUUCAUUAGCUUUAAAUCGUUUGAGGUCGCUCAAUUUAACCGAUGUUUCUUUGAACGAAAAAACGCUAGUCCUUUACGGAAAUCCGUGGAAUUGUGACAUUUGGCACGAAAUGAAAACGGAAUUAAGUGGACAUGAAAGUGAAUGUGAUUCAAAAUUAUUGUCGAACGGAAAAGUGCCGUACUGUAUUAAUUAUAGGUCUGGUAGUUAUCCUUUUAUCGCUUUGUGGGAGCAGGAUAUUGACCGAUUUCAUCAAACGGUUAAAAACAGUUUGAAAAAUUCAGGGUGUGUUUUAGAGCCGGCAAGAAAUCAUUGGUUGUACAACAUUCAUGUUGCAUGUGUUGCUUAAGAAACCAAAUUUGUAUAAUUUUUGUUUAUGUUUAUUAUCUAAAACAAUAAUAAUACCUAAAACUGAUGUACCUAAAUAUUUUUAAAUUUUUAUAUCCCAAAUCUACUAACUCUGUACUUUUUUAAACUGAGCAUGCAACAUAGGACUGGCUAUGUUCAAAGUUAAAAAAUGUCUCUGAAUAUGUUUCGUUUUUUGCUUUAAUUGUUCUCAUUUUUUGACAGCUGAAAGACUGAACUAUGUUAGAUAUAUGAUUUCAUGUAUUACUAAUUUAAGACUCUAAAUUCUUAAAUUUUACAUAAUUUUAAUGUACCUAAUGUUUUAUAAUUUUUUUUAAAUUUGUAGAAAUAUAUUUAUUAGAAUUCACAAAAAAGUUGUGAAAACUGUGUAAUGAUAUAAAUAAA